AUGACGAACCUGCCAGCAGUUGAGCAGGAGCACGAAUACGACGAGCCUCCCGACAACGGUGGAGCUCGAUUCUUGCGAUUACGAGUCCGGUCUCUGAAUCGCAAUUCAUUACACUCGGUCGCCUACAUGAGCCACUUGGCAAGCUAUCUCGAUCAGCCUUAUCAGAAGCCUUCCCUACAAUAUCUUCCCGAUCGAGCGGCCGUCUCAUCUGCGCGGAGCGACAAUGUCUUUCUCUACUCGUACUCGCUUGCCCAUGCCGAACAGCCAGACCCCCGGGUAUAUCAAGAGGUGUCUCAAUUCCAAUCUGCUGGUGAAGACAAACAGGCUGAGCUCGUCUUCCUCACCGGAUAUCCCUCCCCGCAGUGGCUAAAUGCGGUAGUGGCGCGAUACGGGAUCGAUCAUCGAUUCUUACACAGGCAUCUUGACUUCUUGCCGACCGGGCAGAGAGACUGGUACGCGGUCCCCGGUAUACCUUCCCGAUCCCAGCAGUUCAUUCAGAUCGUGGUGCCAUGCAUCGUAUUUACUGGGCAUGAGGGUCGGUUUGUUCCGGCGGAAGAUCUCCAGCAGGCUCGCUUCGCAUGUGCGGAGCUGCUGCGACAAAAAUCCAAGAGCUUCUUCGGGCGGACAGGCACUCCCGCGGGUCAGACGAUUGUGCGCGGGGCCAACAUUCAUAGUGGCGAGGCGAUGGUGCUGGAGCAUGCCAUUACUGUCUGUGUGCGGACAGACAGCGAAGCAUCGAAGAUGUGGAGCGAUGUAGCCAGCGAUGAUAUCUCGAACUACAUUCCCGUCCCUGACGUGAACGCUUUCCGGAACGUGGCCGGUGCUCUCGAGUGCUGCCCGGUGUUCUUCGAGAAGCAUCUUGACACCCAACAACCGGGCUCGAGAAGCAAAGCCUCUGGCAGUCUAGGGAGCAGCGUGCAAGCCUUAUCGGUCUUGGCCACUGACUUUGGACACACUCUUGAGUGGAGUGCCGUGCAGCAGGACCCUGUCCUCGCGCUCGAGGAGCUGUUCGCGUUCCAGUCCGUCGCGGCGAUGCAGUACCUGAACAUGCUGCGCAAGGACAUCACGCAGGCCAUGCAUCGCACCCAGACCAUAGACGUGGCCUCAUUGAACAUGGAAGAUAUCUCAAACUUUGAGUAUACGAAGACCGUCCUGGUCCGAUGGGCUGCGCACUUCCGCGCACUGGGCCAGGCGCUGGACCCUGACUGUCCCGGCAGCCCCCUCGCUCCACGACCCCAUGGGAUGUUCCCCUCACGAGAAAAAAUGUUGGCCAUAAAACGGCGCGACCUGGAAUUCCUCGCCGCAGAGACUCAGGUAUUAAUUGAGCUGUGCGACAGUGGGAAGGCGACGAUCAUGGGCAACUUUUCCAUCGCUGAAUCCAGGCGUAUGGCGGAGGAAUCGCGGCUGGUCGGGCAGCUGACCAAGCUGACCAACCGGUUGACUUUCAUCUUCCUGCCGAUCUCAUUUGUCACCUCGGUGUUCGGGAUGAACUUCAAGCAAUUUGGACAAGGGCCCCUGGAUAUCUGGAUCUGGGUGGCCGUCACGGUGCCCUUACUGGUGGUGUGUAUGAUUCUCGUGGAGUGGCGGAUCUCGGUUCGAGCUUUGGUUGAGAAGGCAUGGGCCAGAUUACGAAGACCUAAAUCCUUAGGAGGUGGCUGA